AUGAAGGCGGAGGUGGAUCGAUUGAGUAGUAUCCGAUUCAUCAGGGAGGUUGACUAUCCCACAUGGCUGGCCAAUGUCGUGAUGGUCCGCAAGCCAAGAAAGGGCUGGCGAAUGUGUGUCGACUACACCAACCUUAAUCGGGCUUGCCCAAAGGACAGCUUCCCGCUACCCCGCAUUGACCAGCUAGUCGACGCCACAGCCGGCCACGCCCUCCUUAGUUUCAUGGAUGCUUAUUCAGGUUACAACCAGAUCUUCAUGCACCCCGAAGAUCAGGCCCACACCUCUUUCAUUACGGAUCGCGGCCUCUACUGCUAUAAGGUGAUGCCCUUCGGCCUCAAAAACGCCAGGGCUACUUAUCAGCGUCUGGUGAAUCAGCUCUUUGCCCCCCUGAUUGGCAAUACCAUGGAGGUCUAUGUCGAUGACAUGCUAGUCAAGAGUCGCACGGCUGACCAGCACAUCCCCAACCUCUCUGCCAUGUUCACCAUCCUGAAGCAAUACAAAAUGAGGCUUAACCCCACCAAAUGUGCAUUCGGGGUGGCUUCCGGAAAAUUCCUUGGCUUCAUGAUCAGCCAGAGGGGCAUUGAGGCCAAUCCAGAAAAGAUCCAGGCCAUCUUAGAUAUGACAAUACCUAAGACGGUCAAGGAUAUCCAAAGCCUUACAGGACGUGUCGCAGCCCUGACCAGAUUUAUCUCCAAAGCCACUGACCGCUGCGCCCCAUUCUUCAAGGCCCUUAAAGGCACCAAAAGAAACAUCACCUGGACUGCUGAAUGCGACACGGCUUUCAGCGAGCUCAAAGAGUAUAUGGGCCGGGCCCCUUUAUUGUCAACCCCUGAGCACGGAGACAUCCUCGUGAUUUAUCUCUCCAUCUCAGCUUCGGCUGUUAGCUCUGUGCUCAUCCGAUCAAAAGGUCACGCGGAGCACCCAGUGCAUUAUGUUAGUAAAGCAUUGCAAGAUGCCGAAGUUCGGUACCCGGACAUCGAAAAAUUGGCGUUCGCCUUGGUCGUCUCGGCAAGACGCCUUCGACCAUAUUUCCAAGCUCACACCAUCCAUGUCUUAACCAACCAACCACUCCGACAGGUGUUGCAGAACCCAGAAACCUCUGGGAGGCUGGUCAAAUGGGCCAUUGAACUGGGCGAGUUUGAUAUUCAUUACAAACCCCGCCCGGCUAUGAGGGGCCAGGCCGUUGCUGACUUCCUAUCCGAAUUCACGGAUCCCCAAGCUUCCGCAGCUACCCAGCUCAUAACCGAACCCAAUCCCCCUUCCAGCCAGGACCAAACCCCCACCGAAGGCAAUCUCGACCUAACCCAGCCCCUGUGGACCUUAUUCGUAGACGGCUCUUCUAAUGCCCAGGGCUGUGGGGCCGGCCUCGUUCUCAUCUCCCCAGACAAGGUUGCCCUCGAGUACGCCCUUCGCUUCAAAUUCCAAGCCUCCAACAAUGAGGCCGAAUACGAAGCACUCUUAGCUGGUCUUCAAUUAGCCAAAGAGAUGGAUGCCAGGCAAGUUCAGAUAUUCAGCGAUUCACAACUUGUGGUCCACCAGGUCAACCAGGACUUCACGGCUAAGGAUGCCUCUAUGACGGCCUACCUCCAGCACGCUCGGCACUUGCUGGCAACCUUCCACGCCCACUCUAUCAAGCACGUGCCGCGCUCCGAGAAUAGCCAUGCCGAUGCACUAGCCAGGUUGGCAUCAGCCUUGGAGCAAGGAACGGGUCGACACAUCCACAUCGAGUUUUUGGCCCAGCCCAGCACACAAGCCCCACUUAUCUGCACUAUUGAUCACAGCCCUACAUGGAUGGACCCCAUCCUCCAGUUCUUACAGAACCAAACACUACCGGCUAAUCCGGCAGAAGCACGACGCGUUCGCCAUCGCUCUGCCCGGUACCUGAUCAUUAACGGCUCCUUAUACAAGCGGGGUUUCAGCCUUCCUUACCUCCGAUGCCUGACUCCAGAGGAGGGUCACUAUGUCCUCCGAGAAAUCCAUGAAGGCAUCUGCGACAACCACUCGGGCGCACGCUCAUUAGCUCAUAAGGCAAUCCGCCAAGGAUACUUCUGGCCUUCACUCCACACUGACGCCCAGGCCUUCACCCAGAAAUGCGACAAGUGUCAGAGAUUCGCCAACAUUCCACAACUCCCGGCAGAACCACUGAUGGCCAUGGUCAGUCCUUGGCCAUUUGCCCAAUGGGGACUGGAUCUCAUUGGACCGAUGCCAGAGGGCAAGGGCCAAGUCAAGUAUGCAGUUGUGGCCGUAGACUACUUCACCAAGUGGGCUGAGGCCGAGGCCUUGGCCACCAUCACUGCGGCUCGCAUCGAAUCCUUUGUGUGGCAAAACAUUGUAUGUCGCUUCGGCAUCCCCAACUCCAUCGUCACCGACAAUGGCCGGCAAUUUGACAACGCCAAAUUCAAACAAUUUUGUUCCAACCUCAAGAUUCAACUACUCCCAGAAGUACUCUGGUCCUACCGCACCACCUUUCGCACAUCCACGGGUGAAACGCCGUUCUCCCUAUCAUUUGGAACCGAGGCCGUGGCUCCGGUAGAGAUUGGCCAGCCCACAUACCGAACCUCCACUUACGAUGCCACGGCCAAUGACGAGCAGUUGGCCCUCAACCUCGACUUCAUUGACGAAGUCCGGGACCAAUCGAGCAUGCGCAAUGCCGCAUACAAGCAACGCAUCGCCAAAUACUAUGACUCCCGAGUCAAGCCCCGUGCUUUCAAAAUGGGGGACUGGGUCAUGCGCAAGGUUUCCUUGGCUACCAAAAAUCCUAACGAAGGUACCCUCGGCCCUACAUGGGAAGGUCCUUACGAGAUUAUCAAAAUCUGCCGCCCCGGCACUUAUUAG